AGGUGCCCCCUAUGUAUGCAGCUACUAGCCGACUUCUACCUGUCAAUGUUUUGAUUGUGAUACGUGUGUGGAAUAAGGCAAUUGAAGCUGUCAUGGAGUAUAUUCUGAAGACUUUGUGAUUUUGGAUUACUAACUUAUCAAUGAUAUGGUGUGGAAAUACAUCGGUAAUACGAAAGUGCAGUAAAUCUGCUUGAUUUCUGGCGUUCUCCCUGUGGCUCGCUUUGGAUCCAAAAUGGACGCACAACCAGAAAUAGAUCCGAACUUCGAGCCACAAACGAGAGCCAGGAGCAACACUUGGCCAUGCAGGCCACGAGAGCCUAUUAACGAUACCCAGAGUUCACCAGCAUCGGACGAAUGUGCGUCAGAAAAUGCAAUAAAACAGGAAAAUGUCGGCUUAAACAAGAAGACAUCAUCUCGACGUAAUGCGUGGGGAAAUCUCUCGUAUGCUGACCUAAUUACGAAAGCUGUACAAAGUUCGGCUGAGCAGCGACUUACACUGUCGCAAAUUUACGAUUGGAUGGUCCAAAAUGUACCCUACUUUAAAGAUAAAGGGGACAAUACAAGUUCGGCAGGUUGGAAGAAUUCAAUUCGACACAACUUGUCUCUACACAGUCGGUUUAUGAGGAUUCAAAAUGAAGGCACAGGCAAGAGUUCUUGGUGGGUCAUCAACCCUGAUGCCAAACCUGGUAAAACGCCACGAAGGCGGGCUGGUAGCAUGGAAACAAAAAGCUACGAGAAACGGCGAGGAAGGGUAAAGAAGAAAGUAGAAGCUUUACGUGCAGCACUCGAGAAUAACAACAGUCCAUCGUCCACGACGGACGACUAUCUUACUGACUCUCCGCUGGGAUUCCAGCUCAGUCCAGAGUUCCGACAGAGGACGAGUUCAAAUGCCAGUAGUUGUGGUCGGCUUUCCCCGAUACAGGCUGGCAUUGAGCCUGAUCUCCAUGACAACCAGGUACCGCCCAUGUCCCCUAUCCCGUGGGGGAGUGAGGAGGGCUCUGUGCCUAAUUAUGACCAGAUGGGACAGUAUGACCAGCUGGUCGACACUCUGGUUGACAGCAUGAAGCUGGGGGAAAGUAACAUGGGCUUAGGUAUUGACAAUGGUGUGGGACUGGGGGUCUGUGAAGGUGAUAUAGAAAUGCUGACAGAGUCCAGCUUACAACAACAGCUCAUGCCUCCAAGUGACAAUAUAAAUCUUUCCCAGUAUAGUGAUCAAAGUGCCAACUAUGAUGAUGCUCAGUACAGGAACAUGCCUGCCCCACCCCCUUACAGGGAUGCCAUGCGCCGCAGCCCACAACAGCAGGGUGUGGACCAGCUCCCACAGAAUGGGAACUUUUCAGACCUGAGUCUGUCCCAGCAGAAUGCCCUGAGAAUUUAUGCACAGACAUCUGAUGCAGGUCUGUUUACUGGGGACAUGUUGCUGCAGCAGGCCCGUAUUAGCCCCAGCUCCAGUCAGCUCAGUGUUAACACUCAACAGCAACAGUUGUCCUCCCCAGCCAGAUCUCCCCAAGGUUGCCAGCAGAUCAGCCCUUCCCAGUAUGACAGUCGGGUGGGGUUUUCUCCCUCCCCACAGUCCAAGCAACUGUCCCCUCAGCUCACCAGUCGCCAGCAGCACUCUAUCCUGCAGCAGUGUCUUGAGGCACCUUCAGACUCACUGUUAAGGGCAGCCCUCACACAGAACUCAGGUCUGACCCAGCAGAAAACCCUAUCCUACCAACAGAUGCCCAUGUCAUCAUCACCCUCUUCGCAGCCACAGUUCAAUGUGCGCUAUGGCAGCACGCAGCUCAACAUGAGGCCACAACAACCUGCUCCAGGUAUUAAUGGAAUCAACAAUAAUAUUGCAUCCACAAUGCGCCAACAACAACAACAACAACAGCCGCAGCAAAUGAGUCAUGGUCUGUUGGGUAAUAUCGGAAGUGUUCCUCGUCAGUCCUCUAACAGUCCUCAACUUGUGCUAUCUUCAUCCAACAGACAGAACAUAUCACCUCAGGAGCAAGGGAUGGCCAACAUGCCACCCACUGCUCCAAGCUCCAACUCCCUUAAUGAAAUUGAGGCCGACUUCUUUGAUUUGGGAUGUGACAUGGAACAGGUGCUUCAACAUGAACUCAGUCUUGAGGGCAAUCUAGAUUUCAACUUCGAUACCAUGAAUAAUAGCUCCUCAGCUUCCUCUGGAACAGACGCUCAGAAUUUGGUACGAUAAUGAUGGUUGAGGUUUAGAACUUCUGUAGUUAGUGGUUCGCCAGUUGUGGUGAUAACUGGAGAAAUGCAUGCAUACCUGUGUGUGUUGAGACCAGUCUCACCUGGCGAGUCUCGCGUGUUGUGCUUUAGGAUACUGUACCAAUGGAGCCUUACUGUGGGGAACUCCAAAAGUGGGCCAGUCCUGUUGGUGGGGCGAUUUCACCCUACGUCAUCUGACGAAUCUGUCUUGUGCUCCUUGCCACGAAUAGCAUCAAUAUACAAUACAUAUUAUAUGUACAAUACAUAUAUGUAUGUUGAGGUUGGAGUUCAGAAAUAAUGUGUAUUGAUACAGAAUCAUGUUGUAUACUGGUAAAAGUGGCCUCGUCAUUAUUGUGAUCCCUGGUAUCCCGGGGGUCCAGAUUGACAAUUGUUGUCUAUAAUGUGUUAACAUUGGAAAGGGAUAUGUUGUGAAGAGGAGUGUUUAUUGUAGGUGCAUACUGUAUAGUGGUGUAGUACUUCAGUGUCUAGCUCGGCACUUCAUUGUCACAGUGUUCAUUUCUGUCAGAUACAAGUAAGCUCAAGCUCGGAUUCAAAAUAAGUAUAACCACAUCGUGUUUUUACUAAUUAGGACAAAAUAUGUUUUUUGACCACAUAGGUUUAUACUCCAACAUAUGGAAGUACGAUAGUACAUAAAUACAUUCUAAUAUAUCCGGUACUCUAACUUCUAUUGUAUUACAGACCUGUGCUGCAACUGUACAACAUCAUGCUUUACUCUGAGAUCUGUGUUUUAAUGGUCCUGCUACCAGUUCUGGAAGGGAAGAACAGUGCUAUCACAUACUGGUACAUGUCAUCCCUGGGGAGGGCAGAACAGUGCUAUCACAUACUGGUACAUGUCAUCCCUGGGGAGGGCAGAACAGUGCUAUCACAUACUGGUACAUGGCAUCCCUGGGGAGGGCAGAACAGUGCUAUCACAUACUGGUUCAUGUCAUCCCUGGGGAGGGCAGAACAGCACUAUCACAUACUGGUUCAUGUCAUCCCCGGGGAGGGCAGAACAGUACUAUCACAUAC